GUCUGAAGUGUCCGGUUGUAUUCACGGAUUGGUUGUUGUAGCUGUCAAUCACGUUCCUCUGUACACCUUACACGCUGGACGACAUUUUUCUGGCUUUUAUCGAGACGUCCAACCUGGCAGUUAGAUAUAUGACAAGAUAAGGGCACGAUUUCGAAAUAUGAUCUUUUGCUGACGCGUUUACUUAAGCGCGUACCUACAAAUACACUGUGUCUGCGCACGCAUCCUUCAGGACCGAGAACAGAAGAGGAAGGCUGGAGCUGAGUUACAGUAUAAGCGAACUCUAAAGCUAGCGGUGUUUGAAUAGUCUAACUUAGCCUGCAUGGAACUGCGUUCAGAGAAGCGUUAAACGCAUUGUUUCGGUUCGUCUAUACUGUGCUGUUUUAUAUCAGGUGCAGGAUACUGUAAAGCUGGCCUUGCUGGCGGUGUCAGAUGUAACGCUAACGGUCUAAUAGCCUAUUAGUGCAUUGUUGCUAAUAGUAAUAUAUUUGUUUACAUGCUCAAUUUCGAGUUGGCUUUGUGUGUUAAGAAGAAAUCGGUGUCGCGUUGUUGAACUGAAGAUUACCCGCGGCUGUUGCUCCACGCAUGCUACUUUAGCGAGGUUAUAGCUAACAUAGCCUACAGCCGAGCCGUGCAUUCAGAAGUGUAUUUAUCACACGAACAUGACGGCAGAGAUGACCGUAACCGAAUAAAAAUGCGUUAUUAAGUGCUGUAGGAUCAGGCGGAGGACGGAAAGCUCAUGGCUGUGCGUCGUUAGCUCGCUUCAGCUCUCACAGGCCACGUCGCCCGUGUGUGUUGAUGUGUUUGAUCUACUGACAGUGGCGUUGCAUGAAUGCAAACAAGGAAAAGCUUGAAGUUGCCAACUGUGCGGAAGGGAUCCGGAGGAACCGUCGAAGUAGUUGUGUCACCAACUUCAGGACACUUCAAGGUUGCUGUAAGCCGAUUUGGGGAGAACAGAAAUCUUUCAAGAUAGAUAACUUAGCAGAGCAGUGGCAUCAUCAGUAGUUUCUUGUUGUUACGUGCGGCGCUCACACAAAGCCAGAGCUCGUAAUCUGUGCGCCUCUUCGAUUACGCGAUGAUCGGCUUCGGCGCGAAUCGACGUGGGGGUCGCCUCCCGUCCUUCAUCCUGAUUUUUUUAUUGGUGAUUAUCGUCAUUCUGUCGUUUAACUACUGGAGCGUGUCCACUAAGCACGGGCGGCUGCUGGACGAUCUGGCCGAGAUGCAGACGCAGGUGAAGCGCACGGACGCGGCGCGCUCGCGCCUGGAGAAGAGAAACUCCGAGCUGAUGAUGCAGGUGGACACUCACCGGAAACAGAUCGACCAGAAGGACGGAGACUACAGCGUGCUGGAGAGCAAACUGCAGGCCAGGGAUGCGCUGGUCAAAGCCUGCACCGAUGAGAAGAAUAAGCUGCAAAAUGAUGUCAGCGCCCAGAUGUCAGAGAUUCACAGACUGAAAGAGCAGGUAAAGGAGUUGAGACAGGAGGUCAUUCGACAGGAAGACCAACUGAGGGAAGUGCGGAAAAACAGCACCAAUUUGGAAAAGAAGCUAGAAUAUGAAAGCUUGCAGUGUGGCCGACAAAUAGCUGAGCUGAAGGCAGAAUAUGAAGAAAGCAAGAAAAGAGUAGAAGAAGAGGCAGCAAAACUCAGACUGAGUUUAUUAGAGAAUCGAAAAGUGGACACAGGAGGUCGGCAGGUGGAGGUGGAUCUUGAUCAUUCCAUCAAAAGAAAAGAGGAGGACACUGCAGAGCGCCACACAGUGCCUGCACGGCGAAAUGAUGGCCCACUUCUUAAAGAUGAUAUGGGUAAACCUGGUAGCGAUGCUGGAAUGCCUGGCAUUGAGGACAGUGAAGUAGGCAAGAUAGAAGAUGCACAGUUUGCCCUAAAGAAGCCAGCCAUCACGCCGCAGAAGCACAUGGAGCCCGCAGAAGCUGCGGCAUUGCUGAAGGAGGAGAGGGGAGGGUUCGGAGCUGGAGCUGGAGCUGGCGCCAGACCAGGGGAUGAUUUGGCCCGCGGGGAACCGCUGGACCGACCAGACAUGCCCCAUGAUGAAAACCUGCAUUUUGGGAACAACGACAUACCUUUACAGCAACAGCUUCCAAAGCCGGUGGUGGACAAACCCAUGCUGUUAGACAAAGAUAAUAAGGCAGCCAUAAAGGCAGAUGAGUUUGGGGAGCAGCACAGACAGCUGGGAGCUGAGGGUUUAAAGGCAGAGGGAGUUGGACUUCCUCCUCCUCCUAAACCAGCUCAGGUCCUUCCCAAACACAUUGACCAGCACAAUGGCAGAGAUCCUGCGCCUGCUGACCUUCCACGUCACCGUCAGAGCCGUUUCUUUGAUGAAAAUGAGUCCCCUGUAGAUCCGCAACACGGCAAUAAGCUGGCGGACUAUAACGGGGAUGAUGGCAACGUGGGUGAGUAUGAGGCGGACAAGCAGGCCGAGCUGGCCUACAAUGAGGAAGAGGAUGGUGAUGGUGGGGAGGAAGAUGUCCAAGACGAUGAAGAUCGGGAGGCUCCAGGUGAAAGGGCUGUGGAUUAUGGAAAGCGACAUCAAGCCAUUGACGUCCUGUAGUUCAACCUCUCAAAAAUCCUGUACAUUGAGCUUUGGAUGCUUCUGACAGUAAAGUAGCCAAGUCAGGACAAGAAACUUUGGAUUUCACCUGCAAUUUUGGUAUCAUGAUUGGAGACAUUCAAACUAUUUGAUUGUCUUCAGAGAGGAAGGAGUUUCAGCGGUUACGGCUGUGAAAUCAGUGACUGCGGAUGAAUUUAAAUAAACUUAAAUACGACAGUGAUUUCAUGAUCUGCCGCAAAUGUUUGCUUGCACAUGACCUAAUUGGAGAGUAUUGUUUUCAUGUUUUUUUUAUUUUUUUUUGCCCCCAUCUAUAACAGAUCUAUCAGAAUUGGGAUUUGGAACUAAUAUAUUGUACAAAUGUUUUUUUUUUUUUUUUUUUUUUUUUUGCAUAAUAAAAUAUCUUCUCCAGGGACUGGAGGACACUACUGUGAAUAGAUAAUACGGAAGUAAUAUUUCUCUGUUAGAUUAACAUAGUGGAACAUAUUGAUACUACUGGUGAAAAGGACCUACAUCACCAGGUUUCCUUUUUUUUUUUUUUUUUUAGAAUUG